GCACUUGAUAUCAUGAGCAAGACUCCAGAGGAUGUGUUACAAACAAUGGUUGAGCAAACAGCAAAUUCAUACUACAAUUCUCCUUCAGAUCUUGUUGUUUCUUUCAUCCAUGCAGCCAUGACUGGACUAGGGUUCGACUUGAUUGGGAAUACUGGUGACCAGGCUAGCUUGUCCAAAGAGUCUACAGCAGACAAGAACAAACUGCCAUUCGACUGGAAUGCGUCUACUGAUGCUUAUUCAUUGUCUUACUUGUUUUCAAAGACCUUGACUACAUACCUUGUCAAGGCAGUUAAAAUGGGAAACAAACUCAUUGUCCAUGGCAUGAACUUGCAGGACGAAUCUGUACAUGAUUUUACAGUAGGAAUCAAUACAGUUGUCGCUUCAUCUGCUGUCUUUCCAUUCAAGGUUGCUACUGCAGAUCCGCAGACAUUGGCCACACCCUGGGAAUCUACUCGACUGUCAUUGUUGUUUGUCUCGCGAGAAAGAGCUGAGCAACUUCUCCAUGAUUUCAAGUCUAGUAUGAUUGAUGCUCUGCUAAAAGAACAGGCACACACUAGAUCUGGGCAAUCUUAUAAAGCCAUCGAUCCUAUGUUGGUAACUGCUCAUGAUAGUAUCAUUCGUGAUCAUCGUCCACCAUUAUCUAUCCGACCAGAUACCGAAACCAAAUCUGGCACAAUCGAGACUGAGUUUAACUCACAUAUUCCCAACCGAUUUGGUGUUGGAGAUGUUGAUCUUGACCCAUUGGCUGCUGCACCAGGCAUGAUGAAUCCAAUUCAUGGGUUUCCCAAAGGAUUCGGUAGUGGACCAAUGCAUCCUGGAGGUGGCAUGAUUGUGGGUCCUGAUCAUCCCAUGUUCAAUAACCCAGUCAAUCCCUUGUACUCUGCAGGUGGUCCACCUGGAUUUCCACCUGGUGCUGUUCCUCCAGGUGCUAGAUUCGAUCCAGUCGGUCCAUUUGGGCAGCGGCCAAAUAGAUAUGGAGGAUUUCCCAAUAGACAGCCUGGUCAGUUUAGUGGUGAUCCUGAUAAUGACGAUCUACUGCCUCCAGGACACUACGAUAUGUACAUGUAAUGCUCUUUUACCAACUCGUCUAAACAUUGCAUUAUUGCCAUGUUCAUAUAAAUGGAGCAAUAAUAACAGUGUCAAAAUGUAUAAUAAACAAUCAUGGAAUGAUUGAUGUCAA